UUGAAAAAAGAAAAUGCAUUUGUGCAAGCGAAAAGCAAAGCGAAAAUAUGGCCUGUAAAUUAUAUCAUAAAUGUGAAAGUGCUCGCCAAGCGUUAACGCCACAGGCAAAGUGAAAAAAGGAGUGCGAGUGGAAGAAAAAAUCAAUUGAAAAAGAAAAAUUGCAUUUCGCUGCCCCAGCCCCCUUUUACGAAAAAUAAAAUAAAAUAAAAGUGUGUAGUAGUAUCAGUGAAAAUAUAUUAAGUUGUUGUACGUGUUUGUGUGCGGAGAUUCAGUGGGGUGCAUGUGCUGAGAAAAGAAGAAGCAGCUGCUGCAGAAAUAGCAAAAGGAGACAGCAACGACAAGCGGCCAAGUUACAAUAAAGCGUUGGAAAAAUGAGUUCAAGUUGUGAAAGAAUAGAAUGGGUGGAAAUAAUCGAGCCGCGCACCAAGGAGCAUAUGUAUGCCAAUCUAACAACUGGCGAAUGCGUUUGGGAUCCACCCGAGGAUGUGCCAAUUAAGCGAACCGACUCAUCGCAAUGGUGGGAAUUGUUUGAUACGAACACGCAGCGCUUCUAUUACUAUAAUGCCGCAACGCAGAAGACCGUGUGGCAUCGGCCGAGCAAGUGUGACAUCAUACCGCUGGCCAAGCUGCAGACCCUCAAACAGAACACCGAUCCGAGUGAGCGACGAGAGCAAACCACGCCACAGAAGCAAUCGGCGGCCAAGCAGCAACAGCAGCAGGCGCAGCAACAGCCAUCGCCCAUGUCGGCAGCAAAUAAGAAGGGGCGUGCCCAACGUGGCAACGGCGCCAUGGCCAGCUCCGAGGAGCAGCUGAUCAGCAGCGAAAUGAUCUCUAGUCCACGAGGCCGUCAAAGUUUUCGCGUUGGCACUGGUGACUCAGCCCGUUCGAUGGAGCUGCAGCAGCAGCAGCAACAGCAAUCACAGCAGCAGCAGGGCUACGGAUCGCGGCGCUCACAAGACUCUUGCAAUCAUUACAAGGAAUCGGGCAAGUCAAGCGAUUCGAGUCUGUCCAGCGCUCAUGGCUAUCGGCGCUUCAAUGAAGCCUCUAAUGGUGCAUCAGGGCCAAAUGAGCCGCUGCGUCUGGGCUCCUUGCAGAAGUAUCAGCACGGCGGCAAGGAUAAUGGCGCCUUUGAAAUGUUGCAAGAAAGCGUCAGCUCGCAUAAUUUACCGCAAGGCUCCUCAUCGUAUGUUGGUGACAGCAACAAGUAUUUCGAUCAUCAAUUGCUGCCCAGCCAUAUGCAGGGAUAUUGCUCCUCCAAGUCAUCCGAUAUUGCCUCACCUACACAUUCGAUAAAUACGCCGCAGGCGCAGAAGAAGAAGAUAUCGCCAGAUGCCGAGCGACAGUACAACUACGCACAACAACAACAACAACAGCAGCAACAGCAACGUAUCGCACAACGCGGCGGAGGAGCAGCUCCCGCCUCUGGUAAACCAUUCGGAUCAGCUAUUGGAGAUCGUGAGUACAAGGUCUCAUUGGCGCGUUCCGGCAGCUUCAUGUCCUCCUCUAUAAAUCCAACGGCUGCUGGACAUCACAGUAAAUCGUAUCGGAAGAGCAGCGCUGAAGCAAAUGGCGGUGGUAUCGGUGGUGGUGGUGGCGUUAGUGUUGGUGGUGCUGUCUAUGGCGGUGCCGCCAGCGACGAUUCCAUGCAUGAAAAGUACUUUAAGUCUGUGGAGAAUACACCGCUCUCGCGGCGCCGGCACACAACUAAUGCUAGCAAGAGCCAAAGCCAAGGCACCACCGGCAGCGGCAGCAGCGGGCACAAGAAACACUCGAGCGACUCCAGUCCACAGAGUCCGAUCAGUCCGCAGACAAAGAGCUCUCGACAGGCCAAGACAAGCGCCACAAAUCCGCCGCCACAGCUGCAGCAGCCUGGAUCAGGGAUGGAUCGUCUCAGCUUGGAGCGGAUGUCGUUGGGCAAAGCGGCGCCUAUUUCACCAAGUGCUGGCUCCGAUAAUCUAGGCAUGUUAACACACUCGUCCAGGGGCUCCAAUGACUCAACAGCCAGGCGUCAAAAAUCCAACAGCUCCACAGCAAAUCGUUCGCAGUCAUCGCACCAUUACCCGGGUCAGAGUUCGUUGCGGCACAGCGCCAGCUCCAGCUUGGACAAACGUGGCUAUCAUCCGCUGCAGAACACGUGUGAGAAGCGGGAUUCGCGGCGUAGCAAGACGCAGCAGCACCAUUUGCAUGCGGACAGCAGCGAUGUGGAGUAUGACAAUGGCAACAUCUCGCCCCUCUACAGCAAUUGCGGGCAGGAGAUGCCGCAUCUGCUGCCACUCAAGCAUUACAUUAUCGAGCAGGCCAAGCUUUAUGGUCGAUAUGACUAUGGACGGGAUGGCGAUGGCGUUGGUGAUUCGGAUUCGUAUCACUCGGAUAGUCAGUCGGAGCAUUCACUCUCUGGCCAUGAGCCGGACAAUGAGGACUCCGACGGUGGCUCUGAUACACAUGGCGGCUAUUUGGAGCACAAUUAUGGCAUGAUUGACGACUACGCCAAUAUGGGCGACAGCGUCUCCUACUAUGCCUAUCAGUAUCCGCCCUACGAUCCAGCUGGUCGCGAGGAUAUUUCCGACAACGUGGAGGCCGUGCUGGAGGGUAUUGGCGGCAAUCAGGAUCCCGUCGCAGCUCCCAAGCCCAAGCCUCGCUAUCAGAUCUCAUACUAUGACACCGUCUCCCAUUGCCCUCCUUCGUCAGGGGGUCAGGGCCAUCAGUACAAUCAGCAGAAUAAUCAGCAGCUGUACUCAAAUACGCCCGCCUAUCCGUUUGCUAGUCAUGGUCAUGGCCAUGGUCAUGGCUUGGGCCAGCCACCGGCACCUCCACACCACCAGCAGCAGCAACUGCAUUUGGAUCCCAGUGAUGCGUCCAGCGCCAAACAGAAGCAAUCUCAGACAUUGCCCUCGCCCAAUCGUCAAAUUUCCCGUCUAGUCGCCGGCCAGUUAACCAAAGAUGAGUCCAAUCAUGGCCAAUCGCAACAGCAGCAGCAACCGCCGCAGUCGCAGCAAUCUCAGCUCUUGGCCAGCAGCAGCAACGCCAACGCCAACAACAACAACGCUAGCGGCUCUGCGGACAGCGGCGUAGGCGGCAGCAAUGUCUCUUGCAGCAACACGGACAACAGCUGCAGCCAAAGUCAAUCAGACGGCCAGAAUGAGUUAACGCGCUAUAGCAGCGAAGAUGUGUCCGGGAACGAAUCGAGCGAAGCGCCGAACAUGACCGAAGUGGAGCGUCAGGCGGAGCUCAAUCGGCACAAGGAGGAGAUGCAGAAGAAGCGUCGUAAAAAGCGCAUCAGCUCCUCGCUGCACUCGUCAACAUUUCAGGAGUUGUAUAAGCUGACGGGCGAGAUAUUGGGCGAGGGUGCCUAUGCAUCGGUGCAGACGUGCGUUAACAUCUAUACCGAUCUGGAGUAUGCUGUGAAGGUAAUCGAUAAGAUACCAGGACAUGCGCGUGCGCGUGUCUUUCGUGAAGUGGAGACAUUCCAUCACUGUCAGGGACAUCCGGGCAUCUUGCAAUUGAUCGAAUUCUUCGAAGAUGAUGAGAAAUUCUAUUUAGUGUUUGAGAAAAUUAACGGCGGCCCAUUGCUCACGCGUAUCCAGGAGCAAAUCUGUUUCUCGGAGCACGAGGCGGCGCAGAUCAUCAAAGAGAUCGCGUCCGGCUUAGAUUUUCUGCACAAGAAGGGCAUUGCUCAUCGUGAUCUCAAGCCGGAGAAUAUAUUGUGCGUUAAAACGGAUUCGCUCUGUCCAAUUAAAAUAUGUGAUUUCGAUUUGGGCUCCGGCAUUAAGUUCACCACGGACAUAUCAUCGCCAGCGGCCACUCCCCAAUUGUUGACCCCAGUCGGCAGCGCCGAGUUUAUGGCUCCCGAAGUAGUCGAUUUAUUCGUAGGCGAAGCCAAUUAUUACGAUAAGCGCUGUGAUUUGUGGUCUCUGGGUGUAAUUGCCUACAUUCUGCUCUGCGGUUAUCCUCCAUUUUCGGGCAACUGCGGAGAGGAUUGCGGCUGGAAUCGCGGCGAAAACUGUCGAACGUGCCAGGAGCUGCUCUUCGAGUCAAUUCAAGAGGGCCGUUUUUCUUUUCCGGAGGCUGAGUGGCAGGAUGUGACCGAUGAGGCCAAAGAUCUAAUUUGCCGUCUUUUAGUUAAACAAGCAUCGAAACGUCUCAGUGCCGAAGCUGUGCUCAGUCAUAAGUGGAUUCGCAUGUGCGAGCAGGAGCCGCUUGUCAGCAAGCAAACGUGCCGCCAUAAGGCGCUGCAAACGCCAAACAAUAUCCGACGUAACCAUCAAUCGGCACGUGAGAUCUCACAGUUUGCCGAGUCGGCUAUGGCUGUGAAGCGGGUGAUCCUGCAGCAUUUCUCGAUGCGCUACGAUUAUAUGAAGGAGCGCCCGAACAUCUACCAGCCCUCGCAGGCCUAUAAGGACGCGUACAGCGAUGAGAAUUAUAAUCCAAAGCCGCCGGCUCACUAUGUACGCAGUCGCUCUCGUAAUGCAUCAGCAACAUCAUCUGCUGUCCUCGCUAACAACAACGCAACAACAAUUGCCUCCUCUUCGUCCACUUACGGCGGUCGGCUGUCUACGGCUCAGCGCAGUGGGGCUAGUAGCCUUAGCCGUCAAUCGUCGAGGAAUGCCUCUGGCAUAUUUAACAAUAGCGGUGGCUUCAAGACCCUCAAUGUGCACGAGGAGGACGAUGACGAUGAAGAGGCGUUGGAGGCUUUUGGUCGUCUGGAUGACGGUGUAGAUGACGAGUGGGCGCAGUCCACACGUCGGUAUCAGGAGCAGCGCGAGCGCCAAAAACAACAGCAGGAGCAAAAUCCGAACAAUGGCCAUGUUGGCGAUCCRAUAUAUGAUGAUGAUGAGAUGGGCGAGGAGGAGGAGGAAGAGCGAGACGGCGAGGACUAUCAGCAUUAUAAACAUUAUUGGCGCACGCUUGGCGAAGAUGAUGGCGAUGAUUAUCUCUAUGAGCAGCAGCAGCAGCAGCAGCGUGAGGAUUAUAUAGCUGAAGAAGAUGAGUUCGACGAGGAGGAGGMGAAGCAUAAGGAGCUGAAGAAAACUGAUGCUGACAAUCGAAAGCAAUUGAAAGCUAAAGGUGAUGAGAGCGAAGAGGAGGUUAAGGUAGUAGAGAAGGACGAUGAACUUAUUAUUGAUAAUAUGGAAAAAAUAAAGCAAAGUGAAUUUGCUACAAAAGCAACAACAAUGCGCAACGAUGCGCAGGAGAAAAGCGUGUUUAAGGGUGAGGAGAGGCAGGAGAACGAGGAUGAUGAUGUUGAUGGGCCUAAAAAGCAACAAGCAACGUCAUGUGAUAUUAGUGCUACUACAAUCACCAAUACCAAUACCAACAUCAACAGCAACAGCAACAAAAUGCAAACAACACCAGUUAAAGCAACAACAACAACCCAAACGAAUGGCAACAAAGGCAAUGAUAGGGAUAACGAUUAUUCUAAUGAUUACGAUAAUGAUGAUGAUAAUGAUGAUAACGAUGAUGAAAAUGAUAAUGAUAAUGUUUAUGAUAAUGAUGAUGAUUAUGUUAAACUAUUGGAUAGUAUUAGUGAUUUAAAUGAAAAGCUACCUGAAAUUUAUGAGACUGCAAAUAUUGUUGUCAACUCAGCGGCAGUGCCGGCAGCAGAAGCAACAACAACACCAGCAGCAGAAGCAGCAGAAAGAGCAACGUGCCCACCAAACGAUAAUGAUAACGAUAACAAUGUAGAUGAUUUGAAAGUGCCGACAACUGCAGCUGGGAAGACAACAAUGCGAACGACUUUUGGCAAACAACAGCAACAUCAACAGCAGCAGCAUGAAGAAGAACAACAACAAUCUGCUGGCAACAGUAACAAACAGCAGCGCAAUGUUUACUUUGCAUUGGAUGCAUAUCAAAAUGACGAGGAUGCCGACAUUGAUGAAGAAGACGAUGACUACGAUGAUGAUGAAGAUGAGGAAGAUGAUGAUGAUUAUGAUGAUGAGCAUGAGAUGCAAUCGGUUGGAAAUGGUUUAAAGCCAACGAUCCCAGCCAUCUGCAAUGCCUACACACGAAAGCAACGGCAGCAGCAGCAACAGCGCUAUGUUGCGCCACACGCUGAGCCGCAUCGCCUAGAGAAUUGGCGCCAUCGCAGCCAUCAGCCGGAGCAGCCGCAGCGGCAUAACAUGAUCGCUCCUGGUGGCGGAGGCGGUUUUCGAAAGUACCGCCCACCUUUUAGCACUGGCGGCGGCGGCGGCCAUUAUGGCAAUCAGCARCGCAACUAUUUGGGUAGCUUCUCGCACGGCGGCGGUGCCGCUGGCUACAAGAUACAGCAGCAGCAACAGCAGCAGCAGCAGCGGCAUAACAGCGCUGGAAGCAGCAGCGGCGGCUCGCCGCCUUCUGAUGAGCACUCGACGUCGCCUGCAACGCAGAUUCGGAACUGGCGACAGGAUUGCGUCUAUGCGCCCAUGCGUGGUUGCGGUAUGAAUCAGCCCAGCCGAGGUCUGCAGCGCGCCAAUCAGCAGCAGCAUCAUCAGCAGCAGCAGCAGCAGCAGCCAACUGUUCGCAUUGGCUCCGGCCGCUUUGUGCAUUCGUCCCAAGUGCCGCCACAUCUGUUGGAUGAGCCGCCCACAUUGGGCAUCGGACUGUCGCCGCCCAGCGAGAGUCUAUUGCUGCAGCGGCGCAUGCGGCAGCAGCAGCGGCCCGGCGACUUGGCCGAGUAUUGUGAGCCCGCUACGGCCAGUGGCUAAGUGUAUCAAGAACAAUUGCAACAACAACAACAACAAUAACUGCAGCUAUUAGAGGGAGUCCCAUGUGG